AGGGAGAAGAUGAAGAGGAGCUGUACGAGUUGGCCUCGCUGGCUAACGGAGAGACAUCAGACGUCAGCAGUGAAGCUGAAGGAGGCCGGGACGAGGAACAGUCAGAGAUGUCUGAUGAAAAGGAUGCUGCCAGCUGCCAAUCAGCGACCACAUUAGAUCUCCAAAGAGCCGUAAUUGAGGACAUCAGGAAGAGUGAGUUUGGUAUCGGUGUGGAAUUGACCGCCGAAGGCCAGAGGUUGAUGCAGGUCCAGCAGGACAGGCUGGGCCGCAGCUUAGACCGCCUCUCCACUGAACUCUACAGCAAAGACACACACUUUGUCCUGGAACUCCAUUCAGAACGCUGAUGACAACAGUUACCCAUCAGAGGUCGGUGUUGUUCCAGCGCUGGCCUUUGUGGUGGAGAGGGACAGCAUCACCAUUCUCAACAAUGAGACUGGCUUCCAGGAGAGGAACAUCAGGGCCAUCUGUGAUGUGGGUCGCAGCACCAAGGGCAAACACAAAUAUGGAUACAUAGGUCAGAAGGGCAUCGGCUUCAAAUCGGUGUUUAAAGUCACAGACUGUCCUGAGAUUCACUCCAAUGGCUUCCACCUGCGCUUUGACAAGACCUGCGGCCCCAUGGGAUACAUCCUCCCCCACUGGACUGAAGAUGAGAGGCUUCUAGACACACAGCUGAAGGACAUGAAGCAGCACAGCUGGACCACCAAGAUCUGCCUUCCUCUGCGCUCCGAGAGCCAUCAGACCAGGAACCUGUUUCAUGACGUGCAUCCCUCCCUGCUGCUCUUCCUGCACCGGCUGCGCUCUAUCUCCAUCUACAAUCAGAGUGAGAAGCGUCUGGUGACAAUGACUCGAAAAGACCUGAGUCACAAUGUGUUAGAGGUGGAGCACACAGAGGGCACUGAGCGCUGGCUAGUGGUCAAAACUACGGUGCAGCCCAAGAAGAUCAAAGAGGAUGUUGAGUCCACUGAGCUUGCCCUGGCUUUCCAGCUUGACAGCAACAUCACAGAAAGUGACAUCGUAUGCCAGCCGCAGAAACAACCCGUGUUUGCUUACCUGCCCCUUCGCAGUUUUGGCUUCCGUUUCAUCAUCCAAGGUGACUUUGACAUCCCUUCCUCACGUGAAGAUGUCGACAGGGACAGCUCAUGGAACCAGUGGCUUCGUUCGGAGAUACCACAGCUCUUCCUCCAGGCCAUGGAUGUCUUCACUGAUCACCCAGAGUUCAAGGGGCUGCAAGGUCUCAGCCAGUUCCUGCGGUUCAUCCCGCUGCCUGACGAGGUGUUGGACUUCUUCAAGCCUGUUGCUGGGCAGAUUAUUCAGAUGCUCAAGGGCAAGGCGUUCCUGCCUACACUCAGCUCAGAUGAUAAGGUUGUGUACAAGCUGCCGUCCCAAGUGGCCGUCUGUCAGGAUGCUGUGAUCCGAGACGUGAUCGGCGGAGACGAGCUAGAAAGGCACCUGUCUCUGUCCUAUCUCCAUCCGGGUUUGAGCCCCGCCCCGCCCUCCUCCCUGCUCACUCACCUGGGAGUUCGAUACCUGAGGGGAUCCGAUGUUACCACGGUAACCACAGCCAUGGCCAAGGAGCUGAUGGAUGGAGGGCAGAAGAAGGAGAGGGGGAAAUUUGAUGAUGGCAGCCUGCGUCAGCUGGCCAAGCUGCUGGUCUGUAACUUCAGAGCUCUGGAGCAUGGCUACGGAGAGGAGGACUCCAUCUUGCAAACCCUCAGGGAUCUACCCAUAAUCCCCCUGGCUGACGGACGAGUAGUGGCACUGAACGGGGAAGGGGUGUUCUUUCCCAUGGAGGAAACCAAGACCAAGAAAAAGAAAGCUCAGGCUCAGACAGGCCCUCUGUCUGCUCUGUACGAGGAUGUAAAUGUAGUUCACCCCUCUCUGCUGAGCUGUGUGGAGCCUCUGGAAAGUCAGCAGGUUCGGGAGCUGCUGAGAAGACUCGGAGUUCACGAACUGGAGCCUCAGGAGCUGUUGGAGCAGCACAUCUACCCUUCAUUACAGAACAACAGAUGGAAGUUGAAGCCCGAGGCGGUGGUGGUGAGUUACUUGGUUUUCAUCAAGUGCCAUUCCUCCUCCAGCCAGGAGUACUCAGACACUGCAGUACCUGUCCUCACCAGCAGGGGUCUGCUGUGCCCGGCCAAUGACAGAGUGCACUUCUCUGAGGAGUAUGGCAACAUAGACCUGCCAAAGAAACUGCCCGGCUGUGAUUGGGUGUUGCUGAGUCCCUGCUAUGUGCAGACAGACGGCGAUGUAGCAGGAUGGAGAGAGCUGUUCAGCAGUCUGGGAGUCAGAGACGGUCUCAUCGUCCGCAAAGAGAGACAAACACUCACUGCUAAAGAACUGGCCUCCAGUGUCUGGUCAGUGGAAAGUACAAAGUGGCACCAAAAUCCACAAGGGGAGGGAUUUGUGCUCGAUGACUACCCCUGCGAGGAGUUUCAUGCCCUGGCCACAGCCCAGCUGCCCGGCCACCUCCUCUUACAGCAGAGAACGGCCUUGCUGGAGCUUCUGGCGACAAACUGGGAUACAGGACACCGCUACUCUCAGUAUCUCACAGCUCAGGUGAUCGACAGCGACGGACACCCGAUCAAAAGUACCAAGUCCUCCUUCGACCACCUCUUGCGUAACCUUGAAUGGGUGCCAGCCUAUCGCCCACUGGAAGGAGAACAGCAAGAGAGAAAGUACCUCUGUCCAAACUCCGUCUACCUGCCCUCACCUGAGGUCAAGAGCCUGCUGGGGACUCACGUCUGUUACGUGGACAUAGACUCCAGCGAGUUUAGCAGAGCUCUAGGAAUGAGACAAAGUAUCUCAGUGGAUGUUCUGAUAAACUACCUGAAGGAGUGGUGCGUCAAAACAGAGGCAGAUGACCAGGAGCAGAGACUACCCGAUGACGAGUUAGAGGGGGCCAAUUUCACUUCCACAGUGGAGCACAUCCACAACGUCUACACCUAUCUGCAUAAUAACUGUCCCCAGAGCAGCCUGAAGGAGUUGUUCCAGCAUACCCCUGCUGUGUUCAUAGAGUACAACAGGCGAAGUGUUGAGUGGUGUUCGGGACGUUUCUACCACCUGAAGGAGGUGUGCUGGAGUGACCCAACGGCGAUGUUUCAGCGCUACAAACAGCUGACUCACGCACCAGACAGCCCCGUCCAGCCACCCAAAGUCCUGGCUCCCUUCUACUCCCCUCUGGAUGGGAUGAAACCCUUCUUCACCAAACUGCUGAAUGUGGAUCUCAGUCCCAAUAUGAAUCAGUACGUUGGCUUGUUGGAACUUAUCUGUUCAUCGUCUCCCAUACCAACUGCUGAAGUGCUACAGGAUGUGUCGGUGCUCUACGCCAGACUUGCUCAAAAGUGUCAAACUCAAGUAUCAGGUGACCAAGAAAACAUCCCUCAGUCCCAACUCGAUCGCAACUACUGCUCCACCUUGAAAGGUAUGGUGUCUGAUAUGAGGGUCUUCCCCACCAAGGAUAACAGCUGGGUGAGUCUGGCACACAAACCCAUGAUCGCUGACAACAAAGAGGUGGAAAAGAUCUUUAAACCUCACAAGCAGAUCUGUUUGCUCAACCUGCCGCCAGCAGAGAAGAAGACUGCUCCCAAGAGCAAGACCGGGAACUUUGGUCGGACGGUGGCGGGAGAACGAGCUAACGCCGUACUUGCCUUCAACGAGACGGACCGCUCUUUGUUUCUGGAGAUCUGCGGGAUCCGUCAGCUGUCUCAGUGUGUCAAGACUGACCCUCAGACUGAGAACUGGAGACCCUGUCCGUCCAUGCAAGCCAUGGUGCACGCUGUGAUACCUUACAUCCAGAGGUUCCUGUACCACCACGACGAGCUGGCUGAAGUCUAUGCAGAGCUGAUCGACAACAACAUUGGAGAGAAAAUCAAGCGACUUCACUACGGACAGGUGGGGAAGCUGUACAUUCGCUACCUGCUGGAUGUUGCUGACAGUGAGGAUGUACUGGUGGAGCUGCAGGAUGUUAUCUGUCUGCUGGUGGACGAGAAGGAGCUCUACAUCCAGAAAGAUCACCUCUCGGCCAAGCUGGACAUCUGCAGGGAGCUGGUGAAACUGUUCUGCACAGAGAGCAGCCACAGAAAAGAGCUGAUGCAUUUCCUGAGUGGCCUGAUAACCUCUCUCGAUGACCAAGGAGCUCUGAAGAGAUUCUUAGGCAAGGAGGACAUCAGAGAGCUGCCCAGUGAGGAGGAGCUGUGGGAAGUCCCGGAGCCUCCCAAACCAGACAUUAACCUGGAGAGAGCACUGUCAAGGAGUUACUCCUCCAUCAGCUCCCCAGAGGAAACCUCUCGCCCUGCACAAGAGGAUGGGGAGCAGACGCUGGUCUGCUGGCCUCCCCGAGCAUCUAUACUGAAUACGGGAGCCAGUCGCUCAGGUCAGGGGGAUAACAGCGUGGUAGAGGCCGUCAUGAAGAUGUGGCCACCUCCGGCUGCGCCUAAAGACAGAGACCCAGAGAAGGACGCCGCCCCCAGAGGAAGCAGCCAUAUCAUCCCCAAGAGUGUCAGCAGCAGCAGCAGCAGCAUCUACGAGGGAGAGCAGCCCCUCAGGAGCAGCUGGAGACCUACAGAGCAGACCGACCCUGCUGCUGUGACAACCAACACACCACGACCUCCAGAGCGCAGUCAUCAGAGUGAGGCCACCAAGUCUGACAGAGAUGAGAGUCCUCCAUCUGCACCGCCUGCUGAGACAGCCAGCGACCAAGCCGCUCCAAACAGCCUCGCCGUCCCCGAUGCCGUGGUAGUGUCCACUGUGUUUCAGGGGGCUGCAGAGACUCAGCGUCCUCCUCUGAACCUGGACUUCCCACUCUGGAACAAGCCUCCUCAGGCCACGCUGGAGGACAUGGAGCUCACCUGCCAGAGACCCACCACCGUGGUGUUAUCUGACGGCCCGAUGGACGUGGCGGCGAUCGGCGAGUGGGGGGAGCAGCUGGUCAACUCCUUCCUCUGCCACUGGAGGGACAGCAGCGACCCCGGGCGACCCUCACACGUCCUGUGGUGCAACCAGAGCGGAGAGAGCGGCACGCCCUACGACUUCAAGCUGACCUACGGACCCGCGGGAGAGCCGGGGGUGGUGUACGUGGAAGUGAAGUCGACUAUAAAGAAAGAGAAGUCGUUCAUCCACCUCUCCGCCAACGAGCUGGACUUUGCACUGAAGGAGAAGCAGCGCUAUCACAUAUUCCGGGUGUACAGCGCGGGAGACGCCCAUAACGCCCGCCUGUGUCGCAUUCGGAACCUGGCGCAGCAUCUCCACACCAAAGAACUGUCACUUUAUCUGUUCGUAUAAGUCCUUUAGAAGUUUGUGGAGAUAUUUGCACUAUACCAACUCACACCACAACGACAGGCCCACAUGUGUGUUCUAACAGUGUCUCACAUGGCUUUUUAAGUUGGUCUUAACUGCACUGAUUUUAAUCGUUUUAUGUUAUUUUGCCUGUUAAAACAUUCCUUUUUCAUUUGUCUGUUAAAAAUCUUUUUAUUGCCAACAUAGCUGUGUGUUUUCUAGUAUGGGUACAAUUUUAAAGUGAUCAGUGGACAUACUGAAUGUUUUAACCUUUUUUAAUUCCCCCUACCUCACCUAUACUCUGGCGUCCCUUUGGAAUAAAUCUUUUUUCUGUCAGCUGAA